AUUCCAUGAACUCGAAACAAAUCUGAGUUCGAGCACGAAGAAACGCAAAGCGAUGGCGACGAGAGAGAGAGGGAUAGAGAUCGCGAGUUGCUGAUUCCCGUGUCGGCCCUCCCCGACAAUGGCGGCUCCAAGUCCUCGUCUCCGUCGUCCUCGCUGGCUGUCGUGGCGCCCUCCCAUCAUCACUCCGGCCGAGAGGCAAUUUCCAAAGUUGUCCAGAGCUGGGCUUCCAAAAAGUUUAUGACGGGAUGUGUCAUUCUUCUUCCGAUGGCCAUUACAUUUUAUGUCACGUGGGGUUUCGUUCAUUUCGUGGAUGGGUUCUUCUCUCCAAUCUAUAACCAUCUAGGGAUUAACAUCUUUGGUCUUGGAUUUGUCACCUCCAUCACUUUCAUUUUCUUGGUUGGGAUUUUCAUGUCUUCAUGGUUAGGAACCUCUGUCCUCACCCUUGGUGAAUGGUUCAUUAAGAAAAUGCCGCUCGUGAGCUAUAUUUAUUCUGCGUCAAAGCAAAUUAGUGCAGCAAUAUCACCAGAUCAAAGCACCAACGCAUUCAAAGAAGUGGCUAUAAUAAGGCAUCCACGUAUUGGCGAAUAUGCAUUUGGUUUUAUUACGUCUUCCGUUAUUCUCCAAAGAAACGUCGGUGAAGAAGAAUUGACCUGUGUUUAUGUGCCUUCUAACCACCUCUACAUGGGGGACAUCUUUCUGAUAAGUUCAAAUGAUAUCAUAAGGCCUAACUUAUCUGUUCGGGAAGGGAUCGAAAUUGUCAUCUCUGGAGGCAUGUCGAUACCUCAGAUAUUGACGACGGUGGAUGCACAGGUCACUCCGGCAGCAAGAAUCGGCAAUUUGGCGGCAUUGAAAGUAUGAAGCAGGUUUCUAUCUAUAGCGUCGAUUUGGCCAGAAUAAGCACUGCACUGGUUCUCGUUUGGGUCGCCUUAUUGUAAAUAUGCAUCCAUUUCCCAUUUCCUGGCCGGAUGAAUUUAACAAACUUCUGCAGAGACUACGAUUCAGCUUUAACUGGCAACAACCUUACCACAGGGUAGAUCUUUAGGUUCUAGCUGUCAGUUUGUGAUGAUGACUGACCGGGCGAGAACAAGAAUCCUGCAAGUGAAGAAAACUAACUGGCUAAGACCAUUUUUACUCGAAUAGCAGCACAUUGUGCUUGUUGCCUAUUGUAAAAAGUUCGUUUUGUCCUGAAAA